AUGUCUCUGAUGUAUGGCAAGGAAAAGGACGCCGACCACGAGAUAGUAGACAAUGCGUCGCACCCUGGUUUUAUCAGUUUCUUCGCAAAACUGCCACCCAAAUCCCCUGAGACGGGCACGCUGCGCUUAUUCUUCCGCAAUGAGUGGUACUCAGCACACGGUCCAGACGCACUCUAUGUCGCUGCGCACUUCUUCCGCACAAAUAGUGUCAUCAAAUACCUUGGGCCCGGCGGAAAAUCAGGUCUGCCGAGCGUGAACCUGACGGAGAGUGUAGCGAAGACCCUCCUACGGGAGGCGUUGACAGCAAAGCAGCUCAAGGUUGAGAUUUGGGUUCCAGAAGCCGGCCAGGGGAAGAAGGCAACAAGGUUCAAGCUGGACAAGGAGGCGUCGCCUGGUAAUCUCCAAGCUGUGGAGGACAUGCUCUUCGUCAACACAGAUAUUCUCUCUGCUCCUAUUGUUAUGGCUAUUAAGAUUAUGAGUACCCCCGCUGCUGUUGCUGCGUCAUCGAAGGCAAAGACGAAGACCGUUGGCAUCGCCUUUGCAGACACCAACACGCGCGAGAUCGGCGUUGCGGACUUUGUUGACAAUGACUUGUUUUCAAAUGUUGAGGUGUGUCUUUCAUUGUGUGAAUCAAUAUCAACCGGCAAGAAUGACCUGUCUGUCAAAGAGGCACUGAUUCCUACAGGAACAACGACCGGUACCACAGAGCGAGACAUUGAGCUCAAAAAGGUGAAGGAACUCUUGGAGCGUUGUGGUGUUGUCAUCACGGAGCGGAAACCUAGCGAAUUCACUGCGAAGAAUAUCAAGGAUGACAUGGCACAGCUGCUGACGCCCAGCUCAUUACCAUCCUCAUCAAACGUUGAUGCUUCGCUGGUCGUUCAUGCAGCCGAGUUGUCUCUGCCUGUCGCCCCCUCCGCACUCUCUGCCCUCGUGUCCUAUCUUUCUUUGCUCUCGGAUCCGUCCAACCGCGGAGCAUAUAGUAUUCGCACGCACGAUUUGUCGCAGUUCAUGAAGCUCGAUGCGAGUGCCCUCCGUGCUCUGAAUCUCACUGAGGCUCCUGCUCAAGGCUCGCGGCUACUCGGGAGCUGGCUCAAGCAGCCGCUCGUGAACUUACAUGAGAUUCACAAGCGACAAAACUUAGUCGAGAUCUUCGUCGAAGAUACGAGCACACGAAGGACAUUGCAGGAUGAGUAUCUAAAAAUGAUGCCUGAUAUGCAUCGCAUCUGUAAAAGAUUCGGAAAAUCAGUGGCCUCCCUUGAAGAUGUAGUACGCGUAUAUCAAGCGAUCCUGAAAGGUGUCGAGACAGUAGAAGAUUAUAAAGCACUCAUCGAUGAAGCCUAUCUUGCUAAUCAUACACAUCCCGGGCAUGACUUUGACAUAAGCUUAUCGAAGUACUCAGAAAUGGUGCAACAGACACUUGACCUCGAUGAGCUUGAAAACCACAACUUCGUCAUCAAGCCUGAAUAUGACUCGCGUCUCCAAGCCCUUGCAGAUAAGCUCAAGGAGAUUCGCGAUAGCCUCGAUGAAGAGCAUCAAGAAGUUGGUCGGGACCUCGGGUUUGAGCUGGACAAGAAGCUGCAUUUGGAAAAUUCACCUACACAUGGGUACUGCUUCCGGGUCUCAAAAUCUGAUUGGAACGUUGUCCAUCGUUCGAAGAAGUACAUAGAUCUCGGUACCCUCAAAAGUGGACAGUUCUUCACGACAACGACCCUGAAGGAGCUGUCAGACGACCACAAAGAGACGACGCAGAUGUACUCAAAAACGCAGAGCGGUUUAGUCAAGGAAGUUGUCAAUAUUGCUGCGACCUAUACUCCCGUCCUUGAGUCCUGGAACAAUGUUCUCGCGCAUCUAGAUGUCAUCGUAAGCUUCGCACACGUGGCGGUCAAUGCGCCAGAAUCCUAUGUCAAACCGAAAUUGAUGGAGAAAGGUUCCGGCAGCUUGAUACUCAAGGAUGCACGGCAUCCGUGCCUUGAGGUUCAAGAUGACAUGAGCUUCAUUCCCAAUGACGUUGAAAUGAUAAAGACGGGUCCCAACAUGGGCGGCAAGAGCACUUAUAUCCGACAGACCGGUGUGAUUGCCCUGAUGGCGCAAACGGGCAGCUUUGUUCCCUGUUCAGAAGCGAGCAUACCCAUCUUUGAUUCAGUUCUCUGUCGUGUUGGUGCUGGCGACAGUCAACUCAAGGGGAUAUCAACAUUUAUGGCCGAGAUGCUUGAAACGGCUACUAUACUUAGGUCGGCAUCGAAGGAUUCUCUCAUUAUCAUCGACGAGCUAGGACGAGGCACGUCUACGUAUGACGGAUUCGGCCUGGCUUGGGCCAUCUCUGAACAUGUUGCAUCGGAGAUCCACGCAUUCUGCUUGUUUGCAACGCAUUUCCAUGAACUUACCGCACUCGAUCAAGAGAUUCCACAUGUCAAAAAUCUCCAUGUCGUUGCACAUGUCUCGAAAUCAGAUGAUAGCGCUCGUGAACGCGAUAUCACUCUGCUGUACAAGGUAGAACCAGGCGUAUGCGAUCAGAGCUUUGGUAUCCAUGUCGCAGAACUGGCGAACUUUCCUGAAAAUGUCGUGAAGCUUGCGAAACGUACGGCAGACGAAUUAGAAGACUUCAACAGCGAAUCCAAGGCUGGAGAAUCUCAGCUGCCUCCAGAGGUCGUCGAAGAAGGUACCCGCAUUGUCGAAGAACUGCUACGAACAUGGGCAUCACAGAUAUCAGAGCGCGACGGCGAUGAUAUCGUGAUGGAAGACUCUGAGGACUCUGCCGCCACCGAACUGGAGAAGCUGAAGAGAUGUGUCGAACAAUUUCGUCCUCAAAUUGAGGGUAAUGCAUGGGUUCAACAUCUCUUGGCUUCUUUGUGA